ACUGGCAACAUAUUUUACUAAAACGUCAAAACUAUAACUGCGGGAUUUACCAAUUUAAUUAAUUUGAAGAUAAAUCUUAGAAAUUAUAUAUAUUUUCUACUGUUUAUUGCUACCUAGUAUUGUUUUGUUUUUAAAAAUUGAUCAUUUGAUAAUUAUUGACAAAGUGUAAUAUAAAAAGUAUGCUUAGGAUAGCGCAAGAAGGAUACUAGUGUACAAAGCAAAGUGUCGUAAGAUUAUUGUGAAAACCAUUCGAAUUGUUUGUUAUAAUUGCAUUUCCUGCUGAAGAAUGGACGAAGGCGAGACGAAACCUUGCGAUAACUGCAAGCGCGACAUCCCGCGCGAGAACUUCACGACGCACGCGCUGCACUGCGCGCGCAACAUCCGCGUGUGCGGCGCCUGCAAGGAGCCCGUGCCGCUGGCCGACCUGCCCGCGCACCACGACCGGAUGCACAAGCUGCAGCCGUGCGCGCAGUGCGGCGAGCGCGUGUGCGGCGCCGACCUGGAGGACCACGUGCGCGACUCGUGCGCGCACACGCCGGCCGGCUGCCGCUACUGCGAGCUGGAGCUGCGGCGCGGCGCGCUGCCGGCGCACGAGCGCUACUGCGGCGCGCGCACGGAGCGCUGCGCGCAGUGCGGCGCGUGGGUCAUGCACAAGUACCGCCAGCUGCACCUCGACUCCAACCACGGCUUCGUGCGCCUCAGCGACGAUCCUGUGCCAACUGAAAACGCCAUCAAAACUACAAAUGUGCCAAAACCGGCGUCUUCCAAUUUCAAUUCGUCCAAACGUGAUCUCAGUCUUCCGAAGGCCAAUCUCGACCGUCCGCAAACUGAGAUACGAUACUUUUCCGCCACCGCCUUACCGAAUCCCAAUACUUGCAUAGCUCAAAACACAUCGGACUCCUUUACUACAAGCACUUCUAAACUGCAAAACGCUCCCACCGUUGCACCCGGCCCUUCAAGAUCUCCACCGCAGCAGGCUUCUUCCACUCCUAAUAAUUCUAAUGCGUCAAGAUCUGAAACAAAUGGUUCAAUGUCAGGCGUUGCGAACCCCGGCAGACUAGCGCCUGCGCCAAUGACCGAUUGGGCCAACCUCAGUGAACAAAAAAACGCUCCAAAGACCAAUGCGGCAACACAUGACAGGAAUACGAAUUCUAUCUCCAGUAUUGGUCCAUGCACGUCGGAUUCGAGUGGUAUCGCCGAUGGGUUAGGCUCUGUUAGCCAAAAUGGGGCAGUUCCUCGUGCGAAGAGAAGCAACCAUCAGCCUCAAGUGAACACUGCCUCUGCUGCGGUGCCUGAUAAAGUCAACAAGAAUCUUUGGGCGGGCAAGAAGCGCGCCGCGCCGCCGCCGCCCGACGCGCGGCGCGAGCGCGGCCUGCGGAGCGCGCUGCGGCGCCAGCGGGACGAGGACGCGCGGCGCCGCGACCAGGCGGCGCACAACCUCUCCGGCGGUACCCCGCACGCAGUACGCGCAAUGGCCCCAACGGACCUGUCCCCAGGCCUGCCGCCCGAGCUGAGCGCGGCCGCCAAGCUGGACAAGCUCCGCUACAUGGACGCGCUGCAGAGCGGGAGCACCGGCGACGCGGACUACGAGAACACGCUCCAGGGCAGGGUGUGGCGCGGCGCGGACCCGGCGCCCGACAACCACGUGCUGGGCGCCGGUCCCCAGGACUGCGCGGCGCCGGAUCUGACGGGUAACGCAGAGCCAGAAAGAGUGAUGGAAAAUUCUUAUACUGAUUGUUCAACACGUUCCAUGAAAUUGUCAAUUUUUAAGAGUAGCAACUUUUCCAAUCAUCGUAUUCGGCCGAAUCCGGCGCGUUGCCGGAAGCGGUACAAGGGAGUGAUGAGUGUUGUGGCCGCAGCGGGCUCGCUGCGCGCGCUGCGGCCGAUGUCGGGCGACGCCUUCGCGCGCCGCCUCGCCGCGCUGCAGCUGCGCGACGACCGCUUCGGACAGAUCAAGCGCUCGCUGCGGGAGCUGCGCCGCGGCCUCGGAGAGGUCACAGCCCCGUACCAUUCCGCCGUCAACGAUGACUCCACUCCGAACGAGGAGCGGCUGCCGUGCGAGUUCUGCGCCGCGCUGCAACCGCGACACCUGCUCGUGCUGCACCAGACGGGGUGUCGGCCGGACCUGACGCAGUUCCGACCGAAGUCCCGCUCAGAGUCCCGCAGCGCGUCCCGGGCCGAGUCCCGCAGCCCGUCGCCGUCGCCCGUGAUCCCGUGCGAGUUCUGCACGGCGCCGCUGCCCGUGUACCUCAUCAGCGAGCACCAGGAGCGCUGCGGGCGGGACGCCAACCUGCUGUUCCCCGACUGACGCGACACGUUUCAGCGUUACAACGCCACCGGAGCGCGGCCGCACCUCAACACUGCAAUUACCUAACAUUUACUGAGUGCGCCAAGCGAGCUCUAAGCCUUCAUGUUCAAAGUGCGCUGAAUCCGUCAUCUGUUGUUUGUCAUAGCGUUAUAACUUAUUAAUUAUUAAGUAUAGUCACAUUAAAAUCACAAAUUUUAUGUUAAUGUAUGGCUGAAAGCCGCAAAUUAUGUUAUUCUUUAUUCUUUAUUUUUGUAAUCCACGUCAAUAUAAUUGAUGAUUUUCAUUUGACUAUUGAAGAAGUAACCGUCUUAUAAGAAUCUUGUAAUUUAAAAUUGGCCGCUAUCCCUGCAUCUAAAAUCUACAUCAACUCUACAUCAAAUACAAUUACAGUUAAAUUAGAAAAGAUAAAUAUAGAAAGAUUUGAAAUAUAAAAUAAUGAGUUGAUUCCGCGCAGUAGUGUUUUCCUCGUAGGCGCAUCGCGCAGUGGCUGGACGCUUGAUGCGGACAGGUACAGGUAGCUGCCACGUUUUCUUACUUGCUUCCUAAUAUAAAUAAUAAAAAUCUUUUUAUACCUUUUAGGGUGAAAUAGGAAAAUGCAAUUAUUCGUAUUUUUUGGACACACUGGUUCUCAUAUUAUUUAUUUAAAACAUUCGUUACCCUAAUGAGUAAUGAAAAGAUUGUGUACAUGAUAGGUUCAAACGCCCAGGAUUUUUUAUUUAUUUAUUAAAACUACUAAAAUCUAUCCCACAGGUUUCCCUAAUGCGAUGGACAAGCUUACUAACUACUAUAUACUAAACCGUUCACUGCUGCCUUCGUGAACGCUGAUCAUGUAACUUUUUGUGUUUUAAUGUUAUAAACAGUGUAAUCCUCAUUCUAUCAUUAGAAACGACUCGUUAUAGCAAUACUGAAGUCAAAGCAAAGUUGGUAGCAAAGGGCCAGAGUUUCAAAUAAUCCGUUCACACACGAAUCGAUUGAUCAUUCAAUUAGCAACAUAACGUCGGACAUCGCAUAACGGAAAGCCAAAUAUGAUAAAACCCCAAUCAGAAUGAGACAAGUUCGAUCGUUAUCACGAUGAGACCUGUGCACCAAAUACGAUUAGUGAAUUAUGUAGAACAGAAUAUGUAUUUAAAUGAAAUAAUGUAUCGAUAUCACGAAUGUCUAUUCCGUUUCAUUUGCGUUAUAUAAAUGGAAUGUAAAAGUCAUUGGCUAACAUCUUUUGUCACACAAAUGUGUGACCAAAUGUUUGCUGCAGCGCGGGUUCUCGAUUUAUUUGCCAUUCCCGGAACAAGGGCGGCCACCUUCUGGGAAAGGCUUAGACGCAGCACCGAUACCAUCCUUUGCGCUUCUACUGAGGUCGAGGGUAGCUACAAUAAUUUUAGGUUUUAAGUUAGCUUUUUCACAUCUUUAUUAUCGUUAUUAUUUUUUUCUAUCAUUUAAUUAUUAAAAUCUAAACUAUAUCAAUAAAAACAACACUAUUAAAAAUGUAUAGAAAAAAAAGUAGUUUAUCUUAUUAGUUUAUCUUUAUUAUUAUUUUACUUGAAAUCGAAUCUUUUCUGUGAGACCAUAACCUGAAAAUAUUCUUGCAUCGUGAAGCAAAUCUUCUGUAGGAUCAAUUGAUGACAAAGCUAAAGAGUUCGGAACAUGUUCCCUUACUUUGGCGUUUUGCAAAGAACUCUUGAAAACGUGCAUAGUUAUGUCGGUUGCGUCGCUGGGUGAGUAAGCGUAGUGAGCUAAGUACGCACUAUAUUUCCAGCUGGGAGCGGCCUGUUGCACAGCAACGGCCGACGAUAGUGUAGGACGAUGGUGCUGCGACUAGUUUAGUUGGAACCCGCGAAGCAAGAACAUGUAGAUAGGAAAAAUUAUAUUCUAGUUGUUAGUGAAUUUGUUUAACCUUUGCGGAGGUGCUGCAGACAUCAGGCUGUAUGUGUAUAAUCGCGAGCGAGGCCUCAGCUAUUUCAAACCUGUAUUAUUUCAGAAUUAUAAUGCUUAUUUUUGAGACUUCAACUAACAUGUUCUAUAAAAUAUAAUUUUGUCAAUUAUAACUAUAAACUAUCAUUAAAGCGAUAGUAGGAAGCCCCAGAUAACUUUACUUGCCACCAGUGCGGAAAUCUUCGCAUCGCAUCUUUCCAACGCUUGGCAUUCCAAGCGAGUGGUCUCUUCCACUUACACCCUGUAAGACUGUUCUGUUCUUUGAAAUUGAAACCGCCUUUGUACAUCCGGCCGGAUUGACGUUUUUAAUUCAAGAAUAAAAUCGGUUUUAUUUGUAAAACGUUUUUUUGUUCCAUUAUUCUGACUCUAGUGCAUCCUUUGAUUAACUAAACAUGUAAGUAUCUGUCCAUUUUUAUCCACGGAAACGGAGAGAUCAAGUCAGGAAAUGGUGCCAAUUCUGUUAGUCAGAAAUCUCAAAACUAAGACAAAAAUUAACAGUGGUAUUUUUAGAAAACGAUACAACAAUUUUUAAGUGUAAAAUUUAUUUUACAAAAGAAUUAGCAUCUUUUUGGUGCGUCCGUUUGAGUCCGAUGACAACUGUCCUAUGUCUUCGGCUGCCGCCACAUCCUAGUAAUCCUUACCAGUUGCAAAAGUGUCGGAAUCCCACGCGACAGUCUAAUUACUACCAGGACAAGGUUCCUAACUUCUUGAAUAUGCUAUAAGUUAGUAGGCCACCGACGUAGCUGGAGAAGUUGGUUUUAGUUUUGUGCUCUUAAUUUUUUUCAAUUUACGACUUGAGGAUGUAUAGCGAUAACCUCCGCAAGUGAUUAAAAUAUAUUUUAUGGAUUUUUUUAACUAUUGUGAUUAUGAAUCGAUUUAUUAUUGUUAGUGAAGUAGGAGAAAUUGUAUACUUGUAC